AGACGACACAUCCUAUAAGAAGCUGCGCCGCCGAUGCAAAGGCACAGUUGUCCUGUUUCGCAGCAGCACACCACUUUAGCAACCAUGUUCAAGCUGGCCGUCCUCCCCCUCUUCUUCGCCGCCGUCUCGGCUGGCUUGAUCGGCGCCCCUGCAGUGGGCCCCGUCGCCUACUCCGCCCCUCUGGCCUACGCCGCCCCCGCUGUGGCCGCCCCCCUGGCCUACGCCGCCCCUGCACCCAUCGUGAAGACCGUGGCUGCUGCCCCUGUCGCCUACGCCGCCGCCCCCGCUGUGGCUUACGCUGCCCCUGCGCCCAUCGUCAAGACCUUCGCCCCCGCCCCGGUCGCCUACGCCGCCCCCGCUGUGGCGUACGCUGCACCCGCGCCCAUCGUUAAGGCUGUGGCCCCCGCCCCCGUCGCCUACUCCGUCCACCCCGCCCCUGUUCUGAAGGCUGUGGCCCCCGCCCCCGUCGCCUACUCCGUCCACCCCGCCCCUGUUCUGAAGGCUGUGGCCCCCGCCCCCAUCGCCUACGCCGCGGCCGCCCCCGUCGUCAAGACCAUCUCCCCCGCUGUGGCUUACUCUUCCCCCAUCGCCUACGCCGCUCCCGCCCCGGUCGUCAAGACCCUGGCCGCCGGCCCCGUCGUCUCCACCUACGCUGCUAGCGCCCCUGUGCUCUCCUCCUACGCCGCCCCCGUGGCCUACGCUGCCGCCCCGGCCCUCGCCCACACCACCCUCGUACACUAAGUUAUUUCCAUCUCUCCCAACUUAAUUUAUUGUCAACCCCAUAGUCAUUGCUCGUAUGCUGGACGUACUUCGCUGUGUACCUGAUUUAGACGCCACAUGUUGCUAAUAAAUUUGCCGUCAAAUAUUUAA